AUGGCAUCUAGCUUCCUUAAUAUAUUGCCGACAGCCGCACUUUACACGCUAGGCAUCCUUGUGCCACUGGCUCUCUUUUACUUGAGCUACCAGGUUACAUUUCACCCACUAAGAGCCUACCCCGGGCCACUUAUCGCGAAGUUCACCAACGCCUAUGGGGCAUUUCAUGUUGUUCGUCGAUGCAUGCAUCUUGCUACAUAUAACGAUCAUCUACGAUAUGGCUCCGUGGUGCGGUUAGGGCCUAACCGUCUUGUGUUUAAUACCGCAGCGGCAGAAGAUAUCUACGCAAAUUCACGUGUCAAUAAAGGACGUUCGUACUCCUAUGUAAGCCGCAGUGGAAACCCCAGUAUGUGGUCUACCUUGGACAGGGAGGCACAUCACCGAAAACGCAAGCUGGUCGGACCCGUCGUCUCAGAGCGCUCUAUGCGAGCCUUUGAACCCACCAUGAGCGCCACUAUGGACAUCUUCCUGCGGCAGUUACUUGAGUCCAGUCAGCAGGGCAGCCCCGUUAACAUGACAGAGCGUUGCGAGCGUCUUGCCGUUGAUAUUGUUGGCCUACUGGCAUUUGGAUAUCCGCUUAAUACCCAAACUGAGGAGACUAACAAGCUCGUCCCCGACUCACUCAAGACCACUAGUACUCUAAGCACGCUUAUAAUGGCAUGGCCAGCUACGCGUAUUGUCGCACCUUUACUUGGCUGGUUGGGCCGUAAAAGGGCCGCGACAUUUCGUUUGGCUCUGCGCAAAAUGAUCGGCGCUCGGAUGGCUCUACCCAAGGAUGCGAAGCACGAUUUCUACGCACUCGCAACGGGCGAGAUUAGUCCGGGAGAGCAAGGCUUGAGUGCAGCUGAGCUCUGGCCCGAGGCAGUCUUCUUCAUAGCCGCAGGCGGAGGUACGGUCAAUACGGCUAUGACGGCAUCUUUCUUCUACCUCUCACGGUACCCAGCCGCAUACGCCCAUCUCGCAAGAGAGAUUCGGACGACUUUCUCCUCAGGACGUGAGAUCCGCCAGGGCCCCAGAUUAGCUGGAUGUAAGUACCUAAGAGCUGUCAUAGACGAAGUCCUUCGCAUUGCGCCAGCCUCCCUCGCCUACACUUGGCGGGAGCAAGACACGUCUUCAGCUGCGGCUGGCGAAACAUUAGUUGUCGAUGGCCAUAUCAUACCGCCCGGAACCGAGGUCGCUGUAAAUCUUUACGCGCUCCUACAUAAUGCUGAGUACUUUCCGGAGCCCUUUAAUUUUCAGCCCGGGCGCUGGUUGGCGCACGAACACGAGACAGACCAAGAACGUGAAGUGCGCGCCACCAUGAGGCGUGCUUUCCAACCUUUCUUACUAGGUGAUCGCGGCUGUGCGGGCAAAGCCAUGGCGUAUUUGGAAUUGAGCAUGGCCCUGGCUAAGACAAUCUGGUACUUUGACUUUGAGAGGGCUCCCGGCGAAGCAGGCAAGGUAGGGGAGGGAAUUCCAGGAAGAGAUGGCUGGCGUGGCAGGCAAAAUGAGUUUCAAUUGUACGACGGUGUUGUUGUCAGCCACGACGGCCCAAACCUAGUUUUCAAGGCGCGCGAGAGGUAUUGGGAGGACAUAGAGGCGGGUGAAACAAAUUGA